GGGAAGCUUUACUGACACACCCUGGUUCGAGUGCGCUUGUUGUUUGAGAACACCUCGUGACGCUGCUCGAUGUGACGUCAGUUCCGCAUUGUCUCCAUGUGAGUGUGGCGGAACCGAGAGAAGCUGAGAGUGUGAGACACACAGUGAAGAGAUGCGAGGAUUGAUGUGAACAUGAAGGCGCUGCGCUGCUUCUGUCUGCUGCUGUCAGUGGCUCUUGGAGAUUUGAGCCGUCCUCAGAAUCUCUCUCUUCAGACUCUCAACACACAGUAUGUUCUGCAUUGGGACUGGGCUGAUGAUCAGCAGACGGCCGUGAACGGGACGCUUACCUUCACUGCACAGUAUCUCUCGUAUAAGCAGAAAUGGAGGACGGUGUGCGCUGAUGUUUCAGAGCGUCUCUGUGAUUUCACUGAUGCUGGACUGAGUUACUGGGGCAUAUAUUAUCUGCGUGUGCGGGCCAACACAGCACAGUGGUUCUCCAGCUGGACCAACAUCAGUUUCUGCCCUGAUAGAGAUGCUGAUUUAGGUCCUCCGUCCAGUGUGAAGCUGACCUCUGUUAAAGGAGAUCUAGAGAUCGUCAUCGCUGACCCUCUGAGCAGCACCAACAAGUCCAUGAAAACGCUGGUUCCCGACAUGCAUUACCUCAUCCAGUACUGGAAGAAGCAUGAAGACUAUAAGAAGGCUGAAGUCUUAAAGACGAAGAAUAAUGUGGUGACGCUGUCUGAGCUGGAUGGAUCAACAUGGUACUGUGUGAGAGUUCAGAGCUGCUGUGACUUCUACAACAAGACAAGCGUCUUCAGUGAUACACACUGCACACGCACUGAAGGACAGACUCCGUACUGGCAGAUAUUUCUGUACUUCCUGUUGUUGCCGGUGCUGUGCUUCCUGCUGGGGCUGGUGUGGUUUUGCUUUUACAAGGUGUUGAAGUCCAUAAAGAGCAUCUUCUACCCAAACGUUCAACUCCCGGCUCACAUUCAGGAGCUGUGGUCACCUGACUCGGAGAAGCCGCAGCUGCUCCCUCCGGAAUCUCCCGGUUCUGUCUGUGAACACCUGGACCUGAUCAGCGCCGAGAUGGACACGGUGACGGACGCCCAGAGCUUAAACUCUGAGGACCAGGACACGAGCGCACCCAGCCGACACGGCAGCGGAGACUCCGGCUUCAACUCCACAGAGGAGGACUUCAGUCGGCACGGCGCCUUCACUGACGUACAGACCGAUGACGUGUGCAAGACGAACAGGAAGCACACUGAAGAGCUGCAUGAUGGGACGCUGGAGCUCUGCGCUUAAGACCAGACACAAACAGAUGACUCCGUUCUGUUUCUUUCUCUGUUCAAACAUGUUGUGACAGCAGCACCGUGGAAAUGCAAAACCUUUGGGAGGUUUAUGGCAUUUCAGACAUAUUUUCAUUUCUGUAUUCAAACGUGCAGAUUCUUUAUGAUUCUUAUAGGAUCUUAAUUCAUGUUUUGUCUCUCGAUGUCUUUCUUUGUUAGCUUCAAAAGCAGCUGCAUGUAAAGAGAAUAAGCGUCACUCAUCUUCACCCAGUGUCACAUUAAAAUGGACUCUAUCAUA